AUGGCACCCACUGCUGCAAACGAUCCUCCCGUCGUUGUUAUCAAGACUGUGACAGCUUUUGUUGCUCCCCAACCCACUGGAGUUGGCAAUGGUGGCACCGGAGACGGUGGCAACAAUAACGGUUCUGGCGACGGUGGUAAUGGCAACGGAGGCAACGGCAAUGGCAACGGCAAUGGCAACGGCAAUGGCAACGGCAACGGAACGCCUGGCAAUGGUGGCUCUGGUGCUGGCAACGGUGGCUCCCCGGCUGCGUCUACGCCUUGCACGACGGCGAGCAAUGGUCAGUACACCGGCCCUCCAGGAAAUGAUGCCGGCUCGGCCCCCAACCCCAGCCCGGAUAACUCUGGCAGCGGCAAUGGCAAUGGCAAUGAAAAUGGUCACAGCAAUGGAAACGGUAACGGCAACGGCAACAACGAUCCUGGCAACGGCAACGCAGACAACGGCAAUCCUGGCAACCCUGCAUCAACGCCUUGCACAACCACCGGCGGCCAACCCACGAAUCCAUCUGGGUCUGAUGGUGGCUCUGGAGAUGGUUCUGGAAACAGUGGUCCUGCCAACGUCCCCGAACCGCCGGUUGCAUCUUCUGCUCUCCCUCCCUCCAACCCGACUCCUUCAGCCAGCCCUGGACAACCUCCCAGUCCCGUCUCCCCGGCACCUAACGGAAAUCCUCCAGCUGGGUAUGGCAAUUCCCCUGCGAACCCUGCCAACGGCAACCCUGCCAACGGAUCUGGUAAUGACUCAGGCUCAGGUGCACCAAGCGGCAACGGAGCACCUGGCAACACCGGCCCUUCAAGUCCAGGACCCGGCGGCAACGCAGGUGCAGGCUCUGGCAACCCUCGCGCUGGAUCUGGCAAUGGAUCUCCGAGUAACAGCGGACCUAAAGCCGCUCUUGAGGUUACUGGCUGGGAGUACCUUGGAUGUUUCAAGGACUCUGCCGUUCGAACACUCGAUGGCGACCCAUCCAUCUACUUCACAGGGAGCAUGUCGAAUGAGAAGUGUAUUGCACAUUGUGGCUCGAUGGGCUUCCAGCUCGCUGGCACGGAGUACGGCAAGGAGUGUUGGUGUGGCACUGCGUUCCAGCUGGCCGUACGCAUCCCGGAAGAGCAGUGCAACGAAGUCUGUGAUGGCAAGUCAACCGACAUCUGUGGAGGUGACUGGGCUGUCACUGUUUACAGUAAAACCGGCCAGGCUUUGAGCUUGCCGUCCGAUAACGAUGUUGCCAAUGGCGCCGGCGGUGGCAGUGGCAACGGCAACGACAACAGUGGAUCUGGCACCGGCAACAAUGGAGGUGCCGCAAACCCACUAUCUGCGCCCCAAAAUCCUGCUCCGGGACCUCCUGCGGGACCUCCUGCCGCACCCCCGGCAUCACUCCCUCAGACACCAGGUCAAGGUCAGCCUCGACCACCCCCGGCAGGAAAUCCUCAAGACAGCAGCACCACUCCUGCAUCUCAAAAUCCUGCACCGCACCCUCAGAUCGACAUUGCUUCUCUCAUCCAGAGCAUCAUCAAUGCGCUGCCCAAGAGCAGCCCUGAUGGCGCGUACGGCAGCAGUCUGGGAGCAAGGGACUCUGGGUCGUCUGGCAGCAAUGGACUCGCGCUUCCUGUCAACUCUGCCGUUCCCGAUAACAGUGCAGGAGGUUCGUCGAUGAUGGGUCCGGGCCCUAUCAACCCUAUGGAAGGACUCAGCCGCUAUGGUGACGAAAAGAAGGAGGUGCCAAGCCGGAACAUGAAGCGCAGCAGCAUCAUAGGGCGGCGAGCCGUCGCAAAGUUUGACGGUACCAUCUGCGAUAGAGAAGAUGAGUAUGAUGACGGAUGUUUGACGAAGGCGCAGGUUUAG